AGGAGAUGAUGAGCAGUCUACAAAAAUGGCAGAGAGCUGGGGAAAAUGAAACGUGCAAGCAACUGCCUCGGAUGGGUUUGUUGCUAUCAAACUUGACAGCAAAAGUGAAACAUGUCUACAGUUUUCCCAAAUCUAUCCUGUAGUGUGUGUUCCAUCUAGUUUCUUUAUUGGGGAGAAUGGAAUUCCAUUGGAAGUAAUUGCUGGAAGUAUUUCUGCUGAUGAACUAAUAUCAAAGUUAUCCAAAGUGAAACAGAUGCAUACACAGAAAAAUCAUGGUUUGUUGCAAAAUUCAAGUCUUGUGGAAAGUCCUCCUGUUGAGUGUUCAGCUCAAUCUUGCCCUGUUCCUGAAUGUAACAACAUUUCUAAUAAUGUGCAACCGGUAGAGAUGGAGCUUGCUUCUUCAGCAUCUUCCACAGAUUCUGCAGCACUAACAGAAAAAUCUGAAGACUCAACUGAAGUUGUCAUUCAGUCAACACCAGAAUCCAAAUCAGAUGACGACCUUGCAGAAAGGGUUCAAAGGGUAACAGAGAAGCUAGAAGAGAGACGGGAGCAAAAGAAGCUGGAAAUUGAACAGCAUGAGAUCAAGAAAGAAAUUGAAAGGAGAAAAUCAGGCAAAGAAAUGCUGGAGUAUAAAAGAAAACAGGAAGAUGAUGUGGCAAAGAGGGCUCUGGAGGAAAGGAACAGAGAGAAAGCAGAAGAUAAAGCAGCCAGGGACCGUAUUCGACAACAGAUCGCUCAGGACCGCGCUGACAGAGCCGCUCGCUUUGCCAAAACAAAGGAAGAACUUGAUGCUUUGAAAGCUGCAGAACUACAGGCACGGCAAGCUGAGAUGGAGGCUAGACGAGAAUCUGCACAAAAAGAAAGAAAUGCCAUUGCUAGAAUACAGUUUCGACUUCCUGAUGGAUCUUCCUUCACAAACCAGUUCCCAUCAGAAUCUCCGUUAGAGGAAGCAAGGCAGUUUGCUGCUCAGACAGUUGGAAACACCUAUGGGAAUUUUUCACUAGCAACUAUGUUUCCUCGGAGAGAAUUUACUAAGGAGGAUUACAGCAAAUCUCUGCAGUCAUUGGAACUCUCACCUAGUGCAUCUAUAGUUCUCCUGCCGGCGGGAAGACCAACGCGAGCUGUAAUACCUUCUUCAGAAGGAGGCGUCUGGACUUUUUUCGGUACAAUAUUAUAUCCACUUCUAGCAGUCUGGAGAUUCUUGAGCAAUUUCUUAUUCAGCAGCCCUUCAUCUACACAAAAUACAGACAGUGCAUCACAUCAUCCCCAUGAAAAUACAAAUCCAUCAACAUCCAACAGUUCAGAACCAAAGAGGGAAACUCUUAGGAAAAGAGUGCUUGAAAAGCGACCAGAGGAAUUUAAGAAAGAAGGUAAAAUCUACAGGUUGAGAACUCAGGAUGACGAAGAUGAAAAUAACACUUGGAAUGGAAACUCAACCCAGCAAAUGUAGAAGAGUGAAUCACCUAAUGUACUAUAUGCUUUUGGUUUGAUUAACGGCCACAGAACAGGUGGGACCUCUGUAUUUUAGACACGUUCAUAAGCCCAUUACUUAGUGUGGUGCAUGAAACUAGGCUCUGAAACCCUGGGCGCGAUAACCUUUUCUUUAGCGGCUUUACGUAUGGUUUUGUAUGACUGUACUAGAAGCUUUACAAGUAUCAUUUCUAAAGAAUUUUAGCAUUAUGGACAUUUGCGUUGGUGAAUUCAUUUAAUAAUAUUUAACAUUCUUAUACAUUUUGAGGUUAUCCUGAUGAUAUUUUGUUAUUAUAAUGUAAUGCGUUCUUUUUGAGAAUUAAGAUUGAUAAUAAUCCUUAAAUCAGAUAACUUAUUUAUAUAAAACUGUUUUCCUUUAUCACUUUAUCACACGCUAAAGCAAAUUAUUUGUCAAUUUUUUUCAUUGUCCAUUUUCAAAUGUUGCCAAUAAAAGAUUUUCAGCAA